CGUUUUACCAGCCGAUAUGGAAAAGUUCUACAGUUGUGUAUGAGAGCGAACAAAACGAAAAGCAGCAGCAGCUGCCGCUAUGUUAGGUACCUGAAAUUGAAAAAAGCAGGCAUAGCGUGUUUGCUUUCAAAUGUAUUUUAUUUAGUUGAGCGAGAAACGCUUACGGAGGCAUACACGUAGCGUUUGUUAUUCUUUUCAUUUCUCUUUUCUGUUCGGCAAGAUUGAUUUUUGACUUUACAUUCAUACGGUUUAUAUAUAUACAACUGAAUAUUUCAAGAGAAUGACGACACCGCUGGCAGCCAAUUUGGAUAUUGAACGCUUUAUACAAGAUAUACAAGAUCGCCCAUGCAUUUGGGAUCGCAACUAUCAUUGUAAUAAGGGGUUUAUGGAGCAGACAUGGACUGAUUUAUCCAAAAUGCAUAAGCUACCAAUGGUCACAUUGAAAGCAAAAUGGAAAGGCCUACGGGACAAUUUUCGUGUCGAAUUCAAACGAAUUCCCAGAGAUGAGCAUGACGAAAUGUUAAUAGAACCACACGAGUACCAGUCCAAAUGGGUGCACUAUAAAUCGUUACUAUUUCUAUCUGAACACAUGAGAUCCCGAGCACCGAAAAACGAAUCAUUCGAACCACACGACCCAUUCUCGUACGAAGUUCAUCCACAGACAUCAUCCGAAUUCGAUGAAAAUUGCUAUCGGAGCGAUGGCCUAUCCGAUGGACUGAUUCAAAUACCUGAUGAUGAUGAGGACGAUGGCCAAAUGGAUAAUUCCAGUCACAGUUUCAAUGGAAUGAAUAUGGGCGUGCUCAAAAUACCUAAUGGAGCUGCUGCAGCUGUUGCCGAACCUGUCCUGAAUUGCGAAAGUUCCCGAAAGAGAAUCAGACUGGAAAAUGAUAUAUCGAGAAAUGGCUAUAAUACUGGCGGAGCGUCGAAUCAUCAAGGAUCUUUAACUACCGAUGGUAGUUUAGACCGAAAUCUGGACGAUGAUUAUCACUUCUUACUUAGCCUGCAUCCGUAUAUGACUGAGUUGAGUGCGUCGCAGAAAUUGCGAGUACGAAUGAAAAUACAAAAAUUGGUUUUCAAAGAAUUAUACAAAGAGGAUUACGAUGAAGACAAGUAAAGUUUCGUUGAAUAAAUAAUUUAAGUGUAACUGUAACUGAAGAACAAAUUACCUACCAUGAAUAUUCUACUUGUUUUAUACGAUACAUAGCUACAAAUGAAGAAUAAUAAAUAAAUUUCAGUAUUUUUUA